GCCUUACGAGUUCGAUAUCGUUUCUUGUUGAACUUAGCUGCGUUACACGCAAUCGCCUUCAAGUGAAUCUAUUUCGUUUGUUUUCUAUUUGGGUUUUCAUUUUACCAACACAAACAACCGACCAAUCAAUUCAAAAUGGCUUCCACUGUUCUGAGCAACGUCGAAGAAGAGCAGCCCAUCUCACGGACUUACCAAUACCGCAAGGUUAUGAAGCCUAUGCUUGAACGAAAACGUCGUGCCAGGAUCAACCGGUGUCUGGACGAAUUGAAGGAGCUGAUGUCGUCUGCUUUGGCUUCGGAAGGCGAGAACUUGACCAAGUUGGAGAAGGCCGACGUUUUAGAACUGACGGUUCGCCACUUGCACAAACUGAGGGAACGUCAAGCCCUCGGAUUGAGCCCAUCUCCAGCAACGUCUCCCAGUUCGACACAAGACAAAUUCCGCGCCGGAUUCACUCACUGCGCCGCUGAAGUGUCCCGCUAUUUGGCCACAUCCACCGGUUUGGACGUGACAGUCGGCCAGAGGCUCCUCUCUCACCUCGGACGCUGCGUUCACACUCUGGAAACGUUUCCAGCUUCCGGUGCCGCCAUCCCGUCUGCUAGCUACACACCACCCAGCUCGCCGACCCAACAGCAGCAACCGGAAUUGCGCAGCAUCCAUCGUUCUUCCGUCUUGCCUCCGCUUCCAGUCAGUCCGGCUCUGUCUGACGUCAUGGACACGACGACGGGCCCUUGCGAUUAUUCCAAAUACUCGAUCCGCUCUGAUUUGUAUUCGCCAUCGGUGGCCACUGCGUCCGAGAAAGUUUGGCGGCCUUGGUAGACACGAACUCUUUUUCGAUGGUUUUCUUAAUCGAACCAACACCCCAUUGUUGUGAUACAUUUCGUUUUUUUUUUUGUUUUUUUUUUGUAUGUGUCCCCCCCCCUUUUUUUAUAACAAAAGCCCGUACAUGGAUGGAUGUGGCCAGCGAUUUCUUGUGAUAAAAUUUGUACAAAAAAAAAAAAUAACAACUAAAUAAAACAAAAGAGUUUCUUGUUUUUCUCGAAAAUG